AUGAUGGAAGCACAUCUCUACGCUCUACAUGACUGCAUGUGGAUGGUGCUUGAGGAUGGACCCUUGAAAAUCCAAAUGGAGAAUCCUGAGAGGAAUCCAGCAACUCCUGAUGUAAUCCAGUACAUUCCAAAGCCCAAGGAAAAAUGGGAUGAUAGAGAUUGUAAAAAGCACAAUCUGGACAACGUCGCCAAAGCAACCAUCUUCAAGACACUUGAUCCCAUCAGCUUCUCCAAAAUCAAGCAUCUCAAGACUACCAUGGAGAUAUGGCAAGGUCUUGGGAAGCUAUGUGAGGGAUCAGAGGACUUGAGAAAGCAGAAGAUAGAAGUCCUACUUGAGAAGUUCAAAGGCUUCAAAAUGCUUUCAGGAGAAUCAUUUGAUAUGUUGGAUGAAAGGUUCCACAAAAUCUUGAAUGAUCUUGCCUCACUUAACCACGUUCUCUCUCCCAAAGAAAAGAAUGUAAGGUUGCUGAGAUCACUCCCAACUGAGUGGUACACCAAAGCCACAGCCAUGGAAGAAGGAAGAAACCUGGAAAACUACACUGUUCAAGGUCUCCUUGAUGAAUUCAGAACCUAUGAGCACGAGCUGAAAAAGAAGAAGGAAGAACAAGUCACUCCCUCCCCCACGGCAUUGAUGACAGCUUCAAGAAUUCCAUCAAGUGAAGGGACAUGCACAAGAAACUGUGACACACCUUCCUCCAGCCAACCGUCAAGCUCAAAAAUGGAGAACUACGAAGAGGAAUUUGCCAUGAUGGUCAAACAAUUCCGGAAGUUCAAGAAGUUCUUCAAGAAGGCUGAUUCAAUCAGAAGGCCAUCCAAGGGAAAGCCACAGGUAAGUGACUCCCCUCCUAAAUCUUAUUUAUGUUAUAACUGCAGGAAGCCUGGCCACGGGAAGUCAGCAUGCCCGUACCCAAAAGUGGAGAAGUACGGAGAAAGAGAAAGGAUCGAGAAGAAAAAGAAAGCAAUGGUUGCUGCUGAAAGUGACGAGUCAUCCAGCUCAAGCUCGGAUGAGGAAGCCCUCGUCUGAAGAGUUGAGAAGUCCAACCAUGAGGAUAGGUGG